AUGAUUGACAGCCGAAUAUCCGUUCGCCUUUUGUCCGAGCUCGUGCGCGUUCUGGUGUCGCUCUUCGCACCCCGCUCCGUCACGCGUGCUCGCACCUCGGCAGACGUUCCCACGACACGCGGCCGCCCACCUGUGCGUUUUCGCACCUUCAUCCUCACGAGAAGCUGCCGUUUGGGCACGCGCGAGCAAAAGACGGAGACGUCAGGCGUGUUCGAGCUGAAGAUCGAGUCGUUGACGGGCCUGAGCGGCGGCCGCGUCUUCUUCCGGGUUUGCCUCAAGCACGCGCAGGAAAUCAUCGACCCCGAACCCCCGUGCACGUACGGGAUGGAGCUCAGCCCGAUCAUGGACGCCGACCCCGCCUCCCUGGAAGGGAGCGAGCCCCUCAGGGUGCCCUUUCUCUUCAAGUGGCCGGGAAAUUUCUCGUUGAUCCUGGAAGCCUGGAGCGCCGAGUCGUCGGAAUCCUCAGAUAAACAGAACAACCUGAUCGGCCGCCUGGCGACGCGGCGUCAACUGGACGUAGGCGAGGAUUGGUCGCGGGACGUCCACUUUGACCACGUGCGCUACCGGUACCGCGCCGUGUGCGACCAGCACUAUCACGGAGACACAUGCUCCGCCUACUGUCGCCCCCGCAACGACACUUUCGGCCACUUCACCUGCCAGGGGGACGGGCAACGCCAGUGUCUCGAGGGCUGGGACGGUGAAUACUGCGGGAAGCCCAUCUGCGCGGCGGGCUGCAGCGCCGAGCACGGGUUCUGCCAGGCGCCCGGCGAGUGCGCCUGCAGGCAAGGCUGGCAGGGGGAGCGCUGCGACCAGUGCGAGCGACACCCCGGCUGUCUGCACGGAACCUGUCAGCAGCCGUGGCAGUGCCACUGCGAGGAGGGCUGGGGCGGACUCUACUGCGACCAGGAUCUCAACUACUGCACCAAUCAUAAGCCGUGCCAGAACGGUGCGUCGUGCACCAACACGGGUCAGGGCAGCUACACCUGCGCUUGCAGGCCGGGAUUCAGCGGGAACAACUGCGAGACGGAAAACAAGCUCUGCGACAGCGCCCCCUGUAGGAACGGAGGCAGUUGCCAGGAUUCAUCGUCCGGCUACGUGUGCGUGUGUCCCCGAGGCUUCUCCGGGCCCGACUGCAGUACCGGCGCCGUCCUGACGUGCGCAGACGAGCCCUGCUUCAACCGCGGCGUGUGCGUGACGGGCACGCCCGCCGGCUACACCUGCCGCUGCCCGCCCGGCUACGCCGGUUCCAACUGCGAGAUGAAGGACAACCCGUGCAGCAGUGCUCCCUGCGCUAACGGUGGCGAGUGUGUGGACUCAGGCACUGAUGCGGUGAUGUGCCGCUGUCGCCCAGGCUUCGCGGGCCCUCUCUGCGAGACCAAUGUGGACGACUGCGCCAGCAACCCUUGCCGUAACGCCGGCACCUGCACGGACGGCGUUGCCGACUUCACCUGCACGUGUGCCCUGGGUUUCGCCGGCAAAGACUGCUCCCUGCGCUCCAACCCUUGCGACCGUUUCCCGUGCCACAACGGCGGGCGCUGCUUCGCUCACUUCUCGGGGCCCGUGUGCCAAUGCCCGCCGCAAUUCAUGGGGGCGCGCUGCGAGUACGACGUGGAGCCACAGGUGUUGCCCACCUCGCCCGCCCCGCCACGGGACGCCUUCUCCGCCGCGUUGGCCGCCGCCUGCGUCUUGGGCGCGCUGACAUUGAGCCUCCUGGCCGCCGCCAGCGUUUUCGUGCUGCGGCAACUGCGCCGCGGGAAGGAGCUGGCGGCCAUGUCGGCGUCCGUCAAGAACGACCUGGAGGCCGUCAAUAACCGGGCGGCGCCCGGAGGACGCGGCAAAGUGUGCAACAAGGAGGCCGCGCUGGGCUGGGGCGGAACUGAGCGCGGAGCUGUCGUCAAAAACAAAAUGGCCGCCGACUCCAACCUGGCCAAGGAGCGACAAGACGACAAGUCGGGCAGAGUGAAGUGCGAUUCGUCCUCGGCGCUUCAUUUGCUACAAGACGUCCGCUAUCAGCCCGUCUUGGUGGUCCCCGAGCAGCUGGAACACUGCGUCUUUGCCACGGAGGUUCCGCUCGUUAUCUUGCCGGUCAUCGUCUUCCUGCUCGCAUCCGCCUCCCGCUGA